UGUUCCUGGAGACACGCAGGGGGUUCACCAUGGGGUCCACUGUAAGAGCUUCACGGUGUUUGGAUUUAUUUGUCCUUUUGUCUCCGCUGGUCCUGUUUAUCAACGCGAACCGGAUUUUCCCAGAGUCCGCGGACCUCGGGGAUCCCCCGGUCACCGGGCUCGGAGUGAAGCAGCACUCACAGAUUGUUGCCCAGCACAAUAGACUGCGCAGUCGGGUCAAACCAAUGGCAGCUAACAUGCAAAAAAUGGAAUGGGAUGAGGAGUUGGCUGCAUUUGCAAAGGAGAGGGCAGCUUUAUGUCACACAGAUGCUGCUCCUCAGGACUUGUCAUCUUUACGUCACAUUGGCUGGAAUACACAUUUUUCUGCACAUGGUAAUGCCUCAUUUACAGACACAAUUGACUCUUGGUUUGCGGAGGGACAAAGUUAUUCCUACUUGACUGGACAAUGCAGAGAGAACACAACCUGUCAGCAUUAUACGCAGCUGGUGUGGGCCACUUCAAGUCAUGUGGGCUGUGCCAGCCAACUGUGUCUGAGGGAUGAAGAGAGAUGGGAGAAAUUUGUCUGCGCAUAUUACCCUGGGGGAAACUGGGAGGUGAAAGGUCAGCUGGUGAUGCCUUAUAAGGCUGGACUGUACUGUUCUCUCUGUACCUCUUCCAUGUCUGGUUGCUUUAAACUGUGGGACCACAUAGGUGGAUUAUGUGAAAUUCCAAGAAAUCCAUGUCGUAUGAGUUGUGGGCAGCAUGGCCGUCUGAACAUCUCAUCCUGCAAGUGCCAGUGUGACCCAGGAUUUACUGGACGUUUCUGCCAGGUAAGGUGCAGUGUGCAGUGCAUACAUGGUCAUUUCAAAGAAGAGGAAUGCUCCUGCUUGUGUGACAUUGGUUAUGGAGGUGUUGGGUGCACAGAUAGGGUCCACUUUCCCUUUCACACCUGUGACUUCAUGAUAGAUGGUGAAUGCUUCACAGUUUCCCCAGAGGCUGACACCUACUAUAGAGCCAAGAUUCACUGUCAGGAAAGCGGUGGUAUUCUCGCUCAGAUCCACAAUCAGAAGGUUCAGGACAUCUUGGCUUUUUAUCUCAGCAAGUUGGAGACGAGCAAUGAGGUCACAGACACCGACUCAGAGACGCAAAACUUCUGGAUCGGUCUGACGUAUAAACCUCUCAAAGACUCAUUUCGCUGGGACACAGGAGAGAUCCUCACGUUCAGGAGCUUUGCCUUUGGGCAACCGGACAACCAAGGGUUUGGAAACUGUGUGGAGCUGCAGGCGUCGAGUGCUUUCAACUGGAACGACCAGCGGUGCAAAACACGCAACAGAUAUAUUUGCCAUUAUGCUUCUGAACACAUUGCUCGCUGGGACGCUGGCAGGUGAUGGACAGAUUUUUCAAAGGGCUGCUUUACUGCACAUGAUUUUGAGUCAGAAAUGUAGUUAAUGACAUUCUCGUUGCAAUUUUGCUAUUAUUAUUAUUAUUAUUAUUAUUAUUCAUUCUAUUAUAUCUACACAGAUUAGACCCUGUAUAUAAUGUACAUGUUUGAGCGUUUUAUCCUUAAAGGUUGAAAAAGGUUUACUGUUUUGUUCUUGUAUUUGAAUUUUAUUUUAAAACAUUCUUUGUCUUAGUA